GCAACAACAUGCCAACCAUGAACAAUAUUUGCUUCAUUUUCUUUCUAAUGAUGACCUCGAUGGCCUCUGUGUCAAUGGCAUCGCUCAAAGUGGGUUUCUAUAAAUCAACUUGUCCGUCUGCAGAGGCGAUUGUGAGAAAAGCUGUCAACAAAGCGGUGUCAAGGAACCCCGGCAUGGCUGCUGGCCUCAUCAGAAUGCAUUUUCAUGACUGUUUUGUUAGGGGUUGUGAUGCCUCCAUCCUGCUUGAUUCAACUCCGGGAAAGCCAGCAGAGAGGGCAAAUCCAGCCAACAAUCCAAGCUUGCGAGGCUUUGAAGUGAUCGAUGAGGCAAAGGCUGAGCUUGAAGCUCAGUGCCCACAAACUGUCUCAUGCGCCGACAUCGUUGCAUUUGCUGCCCGUGACAGCGCCUACAAAGCAGGGCACAUAAGUUACAGUGUGCCAUCAGGACGCCGCGACGGCAGAGUUUCACUCGAAGAUGAGCCUUCCGACAAUCUCCCAGCACCUACCUUAAACGCCAAGCAACUCAAAGAAAACUUUGCAAGAAAAGGGCUUAGUGUUGAUGAAAUGGUGACGCUUUCUGGGGCGCAUUCUAUUGGGGUGGCACAUUGCAAGGCCUUCUCAAAUCGCUUGUAUGAUUUCAAUUCAACCCACCCACAAGACCCUUCAAUGGAUCCCAUAUUUGCUAGAUACUUGAAGACCAAGUGUCCACCGCCACAAAAUGAUGAUGAUGAUGCCCGGGAUGGUCCGACGGCGCCGCUUGAUGUUCUUACGCCGACGAGGCUGGAUAAUAAGUACUACACUGAUUUGAAGCACCACCAUGGCUUAUUGACCUCUGAUCAGUCUCUUUUGAGCAGCCCUUCCACGGCUGGGAUUGUGAGGAACAAUGCAAGGCAUGGCGCGGCAUGGGCUAAGAAGUUUGCGGCUGCUAUGGUGAAAAUGGGUUACAUUGAAGUUCUUACAGGAAGGCAGGGUGAGAUCAGGAAAAACUGUAAGGUUGUCAACUAGAUUGUUUGGGUUUUACCGGUGAGAGUGGGAUUUUUUAUUUUAUUUUUUUAUUAUUCGUUUGUACGUUGUUUUCUUUUACUUCGU